CACCUCCCGGAUUGUCGAGGCCGAUUGCCAAAUCUCGCUGGGGCAGCACAACCGGCUGUGGAGAGCAGCGGGGAUGGAGGGGCUCAGAGUGGGCAGUGUCCUGCUGACCGGCUGCGAUGGGGGGCUGGGCCUGGGGCUGCUGAAGGGCUUGCUGGAGCAGCCCAGCCCACCUCGGCACAUCUUUGCUGCUUGCCUGGACCCCCAGGGCAAGGCUGUUAACGAGGUGGCUUUGGGCUUUCCCAACGUCAUGAUCUUGCCUCUAGAUGUGACAGACCCCAACAGCAUCAAGGCAGCAGUGAGGAAGGUGCAGACAGAGGUGAGAAGUGCUGGCCUCAACCUCCUGAUCAACAACACCGGCACCACGCGCCGCAGCACCUUUGCCACCGAGACAGCAGAGAACAUGAGCCUCGUCUACACCACCAACACCAUCGGGCCCCUGCAGACAAGCCAGGCCUUCCUGCCCCUGCUGAAGAAGGCAGCUGAGGCCGAAGGGCAGCGUGAGAUGAGCUGCAGCAGAGCUGCCAUCAUCAACAUCUCCAGCAUCCUGGGCUCCAUCGAGGUUGCGGAGGCUUGGGAGGAGAGGCAGGACAUCUGCUACCGCUGCAGCAAGGCUGCUCUGAACAUGCUCACCAAGUGUCUGGCCCUGGAGUACGGGAGCAGCGGGAUCCUCUGCGUGUCUGUGGAUCCUGGACAUGUGACACCUCCCUUGGAACAGGGAAUGGGCCCGGUGACGCUGGAGGAGAGCGUGCGGGGCGUCCUGCAGCUGCUGGCCCAGCUCUCUGCCACCAACAACGGCACCUUCUGGGACUGGAGAGGGCAGAGGCUGCCCUGGUGAGAGCAGCAUCUGCCCACUGAGCUUAAAUAAUUAAUUAAAGUGAAUUAAUUGCCA